GUUUGCUCAGGGCGUGGCAGCUGUGCAUAAAGGCUGCCCCGGCUUGGCAGCCCGCAUUCUGCUCUCUCCCGGAACCACCACUCACAGCCUGUUGAGCUCCUCAGGUCAGCGCUGUGACAUGCAAGAGCUGGCUCUGAGCCUCCUGGUCCUCCUAGCAGGCCUGCCUGCUCUGGAUGCCAAUGACCCUGAAGAUAAAAAUAGCCCAUUCUACUACGAUUGGGAAAGUCUCCGAGUCGGCGGGCUCAUCUGCGCAGGGAUCCUCUGUGCCCUUGGCAUCAUAGUCCUUAUGAGUGGGAGGUGCAAAUGCAAGUUCAGCCAGCAGCCCAGUCACCGUCCAGGAGAUGGGCCGCCCCUCAUCACACCAGGCUCUGCUCACAGCUGCUGACGACGGACCAGCUGAAGAGCACAGAAUGCCCCGAGCCAGGGUCCUGGCUCUGGAGGAGCGCUGGGACGCCAAGAUGGCGGGUCCCAUCCCGUCCUGACACCGCCUUGCCUGUGCCUCGCCUCGCCGCUCAUGGCAGCAGGCUCUUUGUUCAGUUUUUAAAAUAAAAUGAGUUUUACGUCA